AGAAUUCCACGAAAAAGCGAAUUUGGAAACAGCACCGUGGAUAGGCUGGAUUCAGGACAGUCGGUGCGGGUCCGUAGGCCAAAUAACGGCGAAAGUUCUAGGCUGCAGUGACGGCCGGGGUGUAAACCGCCACUCCGGCGAGAGCCGUUUGCUUGUCCCCUUCUACUGUUGCAGGCUUUCAGUGACGAUUCCAUCUUAACCUGGACCGAUAAUUGUCUCCAGCGGGCGAGAAGGAUAGUUCUUUCAUGUACCAUUAUAGCCAAACUCUGUUCCACAAGGAGGGCUGGGAUGCUGUCCUCUUGCCACCAUGGCGCACUGGGAAUAGAACCAUGGCCCACUUCUUGGACUUGCAAGCUUUCAUUGUCCGUGCUCGCGUACUGAAGCUCUAUAGGCAGGCGCUCAGGACUGCUCGACGGGCCCCUAUCCAUUCUAGAGAUGAGCUGAGACAGACAAUAAGACAGGAGAUAGAGAAGAAUCGACAUUGUGAGGAUAGGCAGAAAAUCCGCUUCUUGGUUAGUGAAGGAUUGCAAAGAUUGAAAGGUCUUGAUGAAAUGCUUGAUAUGAUGGGUCAUGGUUAGCUGAGGUGUUUGUUGCUGGUGAGGCAUUCUUCUCGUUCCACAUGCCUCUUGAUUGUAUCUUAGGAUUGAGGAUUCCAAGGUCCUGAUAUUUUUUCAGCCAGCAGAGGAUUGAAGCAAAUACCUCAACUUGGAUUAGACCUUUUCUUAUCAAGCCACUUGGUUUUACUAAUUCAAACACUGCCAUGCAGCUCUUGAGCAUAUUGUGCCAAAAUACAUGCAUGAAAAAUAGAUUUGAGGAAUCAAAGCCCAAUUGGCACCACUGGAUAAUGUUGCUAUUUGUCAGCUUUUGCUUUGUCAUUUGUUUACCCCUUAUAAUUUUUGUUCAUCUAAGAAAUUCAAGAAUAGCUAUUGGAUGUAUUUCAGAAUGCUCAUGAUCAUUUGAGAAUGUUUUCCUGGAAUGAGGACGAUCAUGAAAACAAAUGGGUCAAUUGUUAUUCACUCUAGAAUACAAAUAUUCUUUCUGUCUCGCUCAUUCA